CGCAGAACGAUGCUAAGCCCAACCCAAGCUCACGCAAACACAACCACACAAGGAUAUCUCCUCCCGACCACUACUCCGGAACCUCAACCUCCCAGUUAGCAAUGGCGAAGUGUCUCGCCGUCGCGCUCCUGCUGCUGGUGGCGCUCGCGUACUGCGACGGGAGGGAGCUGAACGGCAAGGAACAGACACUUGCAGCGGCACGCGGUGCAGGUGCCGGCGCUGCCGGCGUUGGCGAGGCGAAGGUUUUGGGGUUGCCAGACCUGCCGCUUGUCGGAACCGCUACCGGUACCAGCACCAUUACCGGCCCGCUGGUGGUGAUUCCUGGGAUCCCUGCUAUUGGCCCAUGAUAAUCUCUAGUUCAUGCAUGUGAUUGCUCGCAGCCUGAACUGAAGCUCACCUUGUGUCUAGCUUUAGGCUUCUAGCUAGUGCCGCCUGGAAGAAGAAACGCUCAUGUCCAUGGUUCCUUGAUGAGCGUCUGUAUCAACUGUCGUUUGUAUUUCUUUUCAGUCCGUGUUCAGUGUUUUCCGCUCCUUGAUGUUAGUCAUGUAUCGUCAACGUAAUAAUAAAUAAAUGUUUUGUCA